AUGUUACAUUACCUGUUGUCAAUUGCGAUUUUCAUUUUUGAAAACAAAUUGGUACUAUUUUUGUCUGUUUUUCUCCUAGUUAUCGUCUACUUUUUAUGGCCUUCUCGAGAUGAAAAUGACGAUGUGGUCAAUUUUAGAGCUCCUUCCAUCAAAACUAUUCAAAACAGUCCGGACACGUUCACUGGAACACCCGUCGGGAAAAGUCCAUCUUUUUAUUCGAAUGCAUUGACGAAAGGGUUAUGGUCACGUAGUAAAGAAGACGCAACUGCUGAGAAGCUACGUGGAUCGUGGGAGAAACUGACGAAGCAACCACCUCGAGAACUCUACGAACCGAGUGAACAAGAACAAGUUCCAUCGAAUAUCAAACAAGAGAUUUUCUUCGUUUUGAAAGCUUUAGAAGGUCUCGAACUGCCGAGAACAUGGCAAUUGGAUCCACGGGAUGUGGAGACUUUAUCGAUUGAUAAGGGCAAUGUCUUAUUGAGCCCGGGAGAUCAGAAUGAUGUGAUAAUUGUCGUGAUCUCUGGGGAGUUGGGCAUUCUUACUACAGUCCAUUCGGCUGACAAGCAUUACGAAUGCAACAUGAAGACGUUGAAAAGUGGAGAAUCGUACUUCUCGCAGACUUCAAUCAUUGAGAUUUUAAUGAAUGAAAAGCCGAAAAACAAGUACAUCCAUCUGAAAGCUUUGACCAACUGUCGGGUGGCCAAGUACAAGUUGACGUCGUUCUACACGUCAUUCCUUUCGAAUCCUCAGCAUUGGAUUCGAACGAUUCAGGUGGUGAUGACAAGGCUGCAACAGUGUACACUGAUCACGUGUAACAUGUAUUUGGGAAUCGGUGGAAAGUGUAUUGAUGCGAAGAGAAAGAUUCCGGACUCUACAAAGUUUGCGAAUUUCGACAAACUUACGGAAGAGGAACAAAUGAAUAAAGGGGUCGAGUGGAUAGCACAAGCAAUGGGAAUUCCGGAGCAUGCUGAUAAGUUGAGAGACAAAAUAAAGAAGUUUGAGUGCCAAACUGGAACAGUGGUCACUGAGGAGAACUCGUUCGAGAUUGAUAUGAUAUUUGUGGUUUAUGGGAAGUUGACACUCAAGAGGGGAUCAUUGGAAAGAGACGAUACUGGAACAUCGUUGGCAUUUGAUGUUCAUCCAGGAGAUAUCCUCCCGUCAAUGCAAAUUCUUACGAACGAACCUGCGAUGUGUACGGCAAAAGCAACAGAGAAGACGAUUUAUUUCAAGAUUUGCAGAGAUGAAUACAUACAAAUCCUAUUUGCCUACCCUGUCAUCUAUCUCCGUCUAGCUUUCCAUGCCCUUCACUUUGUCUCUCCAUUCGCAAGAGUUUUCGAUUUGGCAGUUGGUUGGCAUCGAAUUGAAACUGGUCAGGCGUUGUUCAGAAUGGGUGACAAAUCCGACUGUAUGUACAUUGUGAUGGGUGGACGUCUUCGAGCUGUUGACUUGACAAAAAUUAUUGAGGAAUACGGUAGAUUAGAUCUCAUUGGAAUCACCGAUAUGGCGGAGAAACGGGCUCGUCGGAGCACUGUCAUGGCUGUUCGAUUCUCGCAUAUUGUCUGUGUUCCGGAUAAUUUGUUGAGUUUUGUCAAGAUUCGAUAUCCACAGGUUGGAAACAAAUUGCUCCAACUAAUCAGCAAGUGCUGGAAAACUCCAACUCCUGAAACAAUGAGUCACGUGGAGACGACAAAGAUUCAGAAUCUCAGAACUAUCGCCAUAGUUCCCGCAUCGAAACGUGUCCCUCUGACAGCAUUUACUUGUGAAUUAUACAAUCAACUGUCGAAGCAUGUCAAACUACUUCGUUUGAGUAGCAGUGUAAUUGGAAAUUAUUUCGAGCAAGAAGUGAUUACAAAGAAGGCAGAUUACGGUCUGAUGCAUUGGUUGAAUGUUCAAGAAAUCGCGUAUUCAUUGGUUUUGUAUCAGUGUGAUUUCAAUAAAACUAGUUGGACAAGGCGUUGUUUGAGAAUGGCUGAUGCCAUUCUGGUGGUGGCUAGCGGAGUGGAGAGUCGGGAUCAACAGGUUUUGGCUGAUUCUCUCCUAUCUUGCAACGAGAAAGGUGUCCGUCAAUCCAAGGAAUUGGUUCUCUUGUGGCCUGAAAACACUCCGACGCCACGUGGAACUGCUGACUGGAUUAAUGAAUCCUACUACUCUGGAUAUCAUCAUCUACGUGCUCCGAAUCGAGUUUUCAGUUUUCCAGUUAAGACUAGUGAGAAGAAGAUUGUGGACUUCUACGAGACGACUGUAUUCUGUGAAGUGAACUAUCAAACUGACUUCUCGCGACUUGCACGUAUCUUGACUGGAAAUGCAAUCGGAGUUGUUUUCGGAGGUGGAGGGGCUCGUGGAGCCGCCCAUGCUGGAGCUCUGAAAGCUCUUAUUGAGAAAAAGAUUCCAAUUGAUAUGGUUGGAGGCACUUCGAUUGGAGCACUCUUCGGAUCACUCUAUGCAACGACACCGGAUAUUCGAGCUAUUGUAAGAAUGAAAAACUUCUUUACAGACCGUCUUCGUAAUAAUAUUCUCGAUGUGCUCCGUGAUCUGACUUGGGCUUAUUGUGCUAUUCUAACAGGUCAUCGAUUUAAUUUGUGUGUUCAAAGAAUGCUAAAUGAGGUAAAAAUUGAAGAUUGCUGGAUUUCAUUUUUCUGUAUUUCUACAGAUUUAACGUCGUCUUCCAUGAGAAUCCAUCGUAGUGGUCUCAUGUGGCCAGUUGUCCGUAGUUCCAUGUCAAUCGCUGGCUACGUACCUCCUAUUUGUGAUCCACAAGAUGGUCAUUUGCUAUUAGAUGGUGCAUAUGUUAACAAUCUACCAGCAGAUAUUAUGAAGUCACUUGGAGCGAAUGUAGUGAUAGCAAUUGAUGUUGGAAUGUCGGAUGAGAACAUGAAUUUGAGAGAUUACGGUUAUGCGAUUAGUGGUACCUGGUGUCUUUUCAAACGCUGGUGGCCGUUUGGAGAAGAGCUUCGAGUCUUGAACAUGUCUGAAAUCCAGAAUCGUCUCGCCUAUGUCUGUUGUGUCAAUCAGAUGGAAACUGUCAGAAAUGCACAGUACUGCUAUUAUGUGAAGCUGCCAAUCGAGAGUUUUGGAAUUUUUGAUUUCUCGAAAUUCGAUCAGGCAGCGCAAAUUGGCUACGAGGUCACACUUCAAAAAAUGGAAGAGUACUUUGAGGAUUCAAUGAUAACUCGUCGAAAACUGUUGGGUUGUGCGAGGAAUGUUGGUUUGACUCCACAGAAAUCGAAGAAUGAUAAUAUUAUUUCAUUUGUGAAUAUGCCGUGUCUGCCGAGAACUCCGAAUGAUUUGAAGUCGGAUUUGAAGUCCGAUUAG